CUUAGCGACCGUGGGCCAAAUUCGAUCUUAAAGUUGGGCCAAAUUUGCUUGUAUUCAUCACAAUUUAUUGUAAACCCGAAUCACAGUUUUUUUUUUAAUGCUAGGCUUAAAUUUUGCAAAAUAAGGCCCAAUUUUCCAAACCCAAAUCCAAUUUCCUGCAUCACACAUUAAAGAAUACAUCAAGCUCUCUACAGUGAAUCUACAUCUGCUCCUGCAAAACAGAAAGGAAGAAGAAGAAAAAUGGGGAUAUUGGCGUGCGUAGGAGUCAUACUACCAUUCCCAUUUUACUACUAUCUUUGGAACUACCCGCAAUCAUGGGUUAAUCUGUGUGGGAGGGGCCGUGACCCCUGCAAAGCCAUGGCCUUGGUGUCGCAUUUCAUCAAGAUCCUUCAGUUCGUGUCGCUCUUCUCCGUCUCCGAUCUUCACUGGCCGCCGCCUUUCUACUUCUGGCCGCUCUUCUUAUUCGGACAGUUUCUUAACAUCAGGGUGUACCAGCUGUUGGGAGAGGCGGGAACUUACUAUGGCGUGCGUUUUGGGAAGAAGAUUGGAUGGGUGAGUGAGUUUCCGUUUGGAGUGAUUAGAGAUCCUCAGUAUGUGGGAAGCAUGAUGAGCCUUGUGGCGUGUCUUCCUUGGCUUCCCUACCUAUAUGUCGCCCUCUGGCUUCUGGGCUACGCCUUCAUGAUCAAGGUUGAGUCCAAGGAAGACCCUUCCACUCGUGCAACCCCUCUCUCUUCACCUUAGUUUCAUCUUAUAUUUCUCAACAUCAUUGCUGCAUUCCAUUCUAUUCCUCAUACUCACUACUCACCUUGCAAUUCCAUUCCCUGCAUUCUCUCUCUUUUUUUUUAAUUUUUACAGAGUUCAACGGCACCGAAUUCCACUUUCUUAUAUAAAGCGAGUGUAUAUUAUGGUGA